ACAAAUCAAAUUAUUUUUUUUUAACAGGGCAAAGGACAGUGGAGUUAGGUAAUCUGUCCCUCUGUUCUAACGAAAUCUGAAAAGGAGCAUUUUCUUUAAGGCAAUUACCAAAAUCAGAUCGAAGUCUUCCCUUAUAAAACUUCAAAACUCAUAUUUGACCCUCUUUUCCCCUUCCGCCAUCCAUUUUCUACAUACAUACUCGGGUCAACAAAAACUCACAUACACCCUUUUUUACCUUUACUGAAAUCUUGGUCAUGUCUUGGUCAAUAUUUAUGCUCUUUUUGGCUACAUUUAUAUCAAGCUUAGAACAAUCGGUUUCUAUUUCAGCUGGAUCUCAGCGUGCAAUUCUUAGGGCAAUUAGCAAUAAUCAAGAUGGUGAAAAACCUGAUUUUGGUGUUGAAUUGAAUGCCACCAACUUUGAUACAGUGCUCAAAGACACUCCUGCCCCUUAUGCUAUUGUUGAAUUCUUUGCUCACUGGUGCCCUGCUUGCAGAAAUUACAAGCCACAUUAUGAAAAGGUUGCAAGACUCUUCAAUGGGGCAGAUGCCAGUCAUCCAGGAAUCAUAUUAAUGACAAGGGUAGACUGUGCAUUGACGAUAAAUUCUAAUCUUUGUGAUAAGUUCUCUGUGAAGCAUUACCCGAUGCUUCUAUGGGGCCCUCCUAAGAAGUUUGUUGGUAGUGGUUGGGAUCCAAAACAAGAAAAUAGUGAAAUACGCUCCAUUGAAAAUGGACGCACAGCUGAUAUCUUGCUAGGCUGGAUCAACAAACAACUGGGAAGCUCAUAUGGCUUUGAUGAUGGGAAGUAUGAGAAUGAGCAUCUUCAGAAGAACUUUUCGGAUCCUGCCCAGAUUGCCACAGCUAUAUAUGACGUUGAGGAGGCAACAUCUACUGCCUUUGGCAUCAUUCUAGACCAUAAAAUGAUUAGAUCAGGGACACGGGCAUCACUUAUAAAAUUCCUUCAACUUUUGGUGGCUCAUCAUCCUUCUAAGAGGUGCCGGAAGGGAAGUGCAGAUAUAUUGGUUGACUUUGAUAAUCUAUGUCCGUCAGAGAUAUUGUCAGUGAAUAAUGAGGAGGCUGACAGUUGUAGCAAAAAGGGUGCACUGGGAAAUUACCAAAUUUGUGGAAAAGAGGUUCCUCGUGGAUAUUGGAUGUAUUGUCGUGGAAGCAAGAACGAUACCAGAGGUUUCAGUUGCGGUUUAUGGGUGUUGUUACACUCACUCUCUAUCAGAGUUGAGGAUGGAGAAAGUAACAUGGCAUUUAGAACUACAUGUGAUUUUAUACACAACUUUUUUAUCUGUGAGGAAUGUAGGCAACACUUUUAUGACAUGUGUUCAAGCGUACCUAAUCCAUUCAAGAAAGCGCGUGAUUAUGCCCUUUGGUUAUGGAGAGCUCACAACAAAGUUAAUGAGAGACUAAAGAAAGAUGAAGCAUCACUAGGAACAGGUGAUCCUGAAUUUCCAAAAGUUAUUUGGCCUUCAAAACAGCUUUGUCCGUCGUGCUAUCUUAACCCAGGUGAAAAGAGCAAAGAAAAUAGUAAGAUCGAAUGGAAUGAGGAUGAGGUCUUUAAGUUUCUGGUUAGUUACUAUGGGAAAGAGCUAGUGAAUCUCUACAAGGAGAAAGAACUGCAAGCAGUUGGUGGGACUGAGAAAACAGUUAAUGAAGAGUUGGUGGCCUCAACAAAUGCAGUGGUGGUUCCACUUGGAGCUGCAUUGGCAAUCGCAGUUGCUAGCUGUGCAUUUGGAGCGCUCGCUUGCUUUUGGCGUUCUCAGCAAAAGAAUCGGAAGUAUAAAUAUCUACACUCUUUGAAGAAUAUAUGACUAUUAGUAAUGACAUCACUCAAGUAGAACAAGAAGAAGCUGGAACUGAGUGUGUUAAACGGGAUAGAUCUACACAUGCAUGUAUGUAUAAUUCAGAAGCAAGUCAAACGAUGCUCGGGAUAGAAAACAAGUUGAGAGGAUUCUAAACUGGCUCUCCACUGCUAGAGAUUUUUCAUACAUCUUUUUCAUGUACCAGUUCUCCUAUUUUUCACAAAUGGAGUGUACAGAUUUACGUUUAAAUUGUAACCGAGCAAGAUGUUAUUUUGAGAGCCUGCAGUUUUCUGCCCCAGCUAUUCUUUCCAUUUGGUCUUGGAUUCUUGAUUUUACUAGUGGAGAAACAUUUGUAACAGUAUAAAAUGUGCUAGUCUCCUGCAGAAAGUGGUGGAUCUAGAGUUUAAAUGUUACGGGUUCUGAGUUGAGAUAGUAGGUUCUGAAAUGUAUAUCUAACUCUAUAUAUUCUUGUUUUUCUCUUUGAAUGAUUACAAAAUGUAAACUAUAGUGGGCAUAUCUUGCAUUUCAUCCUUC